AUGCACAGUCUCACCACUUCUUCUUUCUUCAUCUUCUUCUCUGUUUCUCCGGUGAAAUCUCCGAGCACGGCGGCAGAGAUCAUGGGUGCGGAGGCAAACGGCUCGUCGGCGUCUCUAAACUUCCUAAUCUACGGCCGGACUGGCUGGAUCGGCGGUAUUCUCGGAAAGCUCUGCGAAUCUCAGGGAAUCCCUUACACCUACGGUUCGGGCCGGUUAGAGGAUCGCCGAUCGCUCAUUUCCGAUUUCGAUUCCGUCAAGCCGAGCCAUGUGUUCAACGCCGCCGGAGUCACCGGACGACCGAACGUAGACUGGUGCGAAUCACACAAGGUCGAGACCAUCCGUACCAACGUCGUCGGGACCCUAACUCUUGCCGACGUUUGCAAGGAGAGAGGCCUCGUGUUGAUCAAUUACGCCACGGGUUGUAUAUUCGAGUACGAUUCGGGUCAUCCUCUCGGGUCGGGUCUCGGUUUCAAGGAAGAGGACACCCCUAAUUUCACCGGAUCGUUCUACUCCAAGACCAAGGCUAUGGUAGAGGAACUGCUCAAGAACUAUGAAAACGUGUGCACACUCCGUGUAAGGAUGCCCAUCUCAUCCGAUCUCACGAACCCGAGGAACUUCGUCACGAAGAUAGCUCGGUACGAGAAAGUCGUGGACAUCCCAAACUCGAUGACAAUCCUCGACGAGCUCCUCCCUAUCUCAGUGGAGAUGGCGAAACGGAACUUGACAGGGGUAUGGAACUUCACCAAUCCGGGGGUGGUGAGCCACAACGAGGUCUUGGAGAUGUACAGAGAGUUCAUUGAUCCGAGCUUCACUUGGAAGAACUUCACAUUGGAAGAACAGGCGAAAGUGAUUGUAGCUCCGAGGAGCAACAAUGAGCUUGAUGCCACCAAGUUGAAAACAGAGUUUCCGGAGAUGUUGUCUAUAAAGGAAUCUCUUGUCAAGUUUGUGUUCGAACCCAACAAGAAAACUGAGAUCAAAGGUUGA